GAUGAUUGCGUUGAGGGAGACAUAACCUCCUAUGCUUUAAUUGUAUACUGCACAUUACGUCACAUUUAGUAAUUCUAGAUACAUUUGCUAGGUAAAUUAAAUAAUCUUCAUAAUGUGUACAAUAUUUAAACUGCACCCUGCAGAUAUAGUAGACAGUAUGACAAUGUGCUGUUCCAAAUGCAGCCUCAAUUAUGUAACGGUGUUUUGCUCCCAUCUAGUGUUGCAUCUGGGAAUUGUUAUUAUGCACUCAUUUUCACUGGUUCACUGUUAGCCAAUCAUGCAGAGGUCGCUAAUGAGCUGUUGUUGAUUAAUGAGAACGCUUGAUGAGUGUGAGUCACAUCUGCAACGAGGAAACGAAUACAUGGCUUCAGUUCGGGAUAAGGUUGCUGCAUUAAAUAUAGUGGGGAAAUUAUACAGUCCCCUCAACACGCCUCUUGAUCACAGAUUGAUCAGCAGACCUCAAGAUGUACAAACCAACAAGGUUGAAAAGAAAGAAAUCUGGAGCCACAUUAUCACUGCUCUACAAGCCCAAGUGAAGGUCAAGAAACGCAGACAGCAUCUAAGAUCUCACGAUAACUGUUUUCUGGGCUCGGAUGCAGUGGAUGUCAUUCAGGAUUAUCUGACCCAGAAUAAGGUUCUUGGAGAUGCCCAGGUUUCCAGAGCCAUGGUUGCACGGUUGUGCCAGGUGCUGUUGGACUGUAAGGUGUUUGAGGUGGUGGGAACCAAAGUUUUGGGGAAGACCAGUAAACCAGGAGGCUUCCAGGACAGCAGCAGCAGUCUCUACAGAUUCCUAAAGAUGGAGGAUCCGUGCCUGGACGUGCUAGAAAUGGAGCUUUUCCCUCCCACUGAAGAGAGUUCGAUGAACGUCACACCAUGCAGGCAGGACAUCCUGUUAUUCUCCCAUAGUACACCUGUGAAACCAGACCACGUGUUGGAUCGUCUCAUGGAGAAGCUGGACUUGACUGGACUUGUCGGUUCUCCUCCCACUGAAUGUCUUCCUCCAUCUGUGGUCCGAGAGGUGUGGCACGAGCAGACCGUGCGGAAGCUGUCUCAGCUGAUAGAUCUCCCCCUGCUGGAGGGAGUGCUGAACUGUGCGAAGAUUGUUUCUCCGCCGUCUCGUGGCAGUAAUAAUGAGCCUGACCUUCUCUACACCAGCAACUACCUCGACCGUGAGGUUCUCAAGGCCUUCAAAGAAUCACAAGCUGAUGUUUGGCUGUGGGCAGCCAUAGACCUGCUGGAUUUCCUUCCGGAUCAGCUUGUGGUGGAGGUGAGCAGAGAGCUGCCCACAUUCUCCUGUGAGGAAGAGGAUGGCCAGGGGAUGGAUGAAUGUAAACUACUGCUGUUCCAUGUGCUGGACAAACACUACGGACACAUGGAGCACAAGCCUCUCCUCUGUGAUAGCAUGGCAGAUGUCUACACUGAGAUCAUGAAUCUCCUGACUAACGGGAAGUUUGAACAAGCGUUGGAAGUCCUGCAGCUGACGCUGAAGCUGCUGUCUGCGUCUGCACGCGAGGAACUGCGCAGGCUGCUGGAGUUUAUGGCCACAGCUGCAGAUGCUGCAAACGUCCGGCUGCACAAAGAAAUUGAAAAUCGAAUGGUUGUGAAGAAGACCUUCACCAGAGCCGUCAUCCAGAGCAAGAAUCUGACCAAAGAAAAGACAGACCUGCUGAUGCUCUUCAUGCUCGACAAUCACCAGGAGAUCUUCAAGAUUCCAGGUUCCCUUCACAAACUUGUCAGUGAGAAACUGGAUGACAUUGUGAAAAAGAGAGAUCCUUCCAAAACUGAUCCCCUGUUUUGUCAGCGAGUGCCAAGAGACCUGUACACCGAGACCAUAAAGGACUCCACUAAAAACGAGCUGUACUCUCUCUUGAAAAACAUUGACGAAAACACCAGAUAUUCCCUGAAAGAGAAGAAACGGCUGCUGGCACAGUUUUAUAAGGGCCAUCCAGACAUCUUCAUGCAGUAUUUUGGGUCUAGACUAAGCACAUUAAACCUACUUGAAGAUUAAGUUAACUUUGUCAUGUUAAUGUGGUUUUUUUUUUUGUAUACAAAUAAAUAAAAUGUUUUAAGUGUCAAAAAAAAGAAUAAAGUAUGUGUCUUUGAAUCGUCAAUAUAUGGUAUUCCACCUUCAUAACGGGACAUUUGUUAUGGAUAGACCUACAACUACAUUACGAUUCAUAAACUAUAUAGAAAAUACCCACAGAAGUGGGAAUAUGACACUGACAGGAGUUAUAUAUUCAUAUCAUACACCAAAAAAGUGUUGAAAGACGAAACCCAUCAACCUGUCAGAUAUUAUUACCACAAACUCGAGAUGGGAGAAACUUUUGUCUCGACUAGCCUUUUUUUUAGCAGCCUAAAUUUGUGGUGUAUUGUUUUAACUUGAGGUACUUAUAUUUAUGUUGUAAGCAUUUUUUACUCCAUUACAUUCGUUAAAUGUCUGCAUGCCAUUACACACAUCAGCUUCUUGCUUUUGUCUCGUCGUGCGCCUUUAAUGCCGAUACGUCUGCACUGAAAACCCUGUGGCUCCGUCCAUUCCUUACGCGUUUCAAACUCUGAUUGGCUCUUCAAUCCUUGACAGACAAACGCUCGCCCAAUCAGCAUCUGAUGUGUCAGGACACGUCAUCUAGAGCGGAGUGCGCUCCCGGCGCCUGUUCUCAGAUCAGUUAAUCGUGCACACAGCAUCUUAGGUUCCCACAGUGAGUUGAUUAAUUUAGCUGUUCCUGGAUCAGCUCUAGCGCUCAAAUCUCAAUGUUGAGGAAUUCUGGGCUCAAAUCUCCUCCCCGGAUGCCCCACAAACCCGAAUACACAAUCUUCGCCACACAUACAGUUUUUUGGGGGGUUGUUCAUAUGGUGCGGAUCUGCGAGAGGAGGAUGAAGUUUCUGGUGGCAGUCACAUUGAUCGUCGGCUCGGUAAUUUUCCUGCUUUUCCCGAGCGGGUCAGAGGCGGAUGAGAAGAAAAAAGGACCGAAAGUCACGGCCAAGGUGUACUUUGACAUAAGGAUCGGUGAUGAGGAUGCAGGACGGAUUGUCAUUGGACUCUUUGGAAAGACGGUCC